AUGGUCUCUCCCUUUAUAGAUCUCUCCGGAGAUUCUAUUCCUCUGGAGCAAGUCCUUGGAUCUGGAUCUUCAGCGGUUGUGGUGUUACGUGACGGCCUGGCCGUCAAGACGCCUCUGAGAUAUUGUUGGAGCUCGGAUGUAGAGGUUGAGAUGAACAUUGAAGUCAUUCAACGUGAACAAGAUGUCUAUCGUCGUUUCCAAUCAUCCAAUGCCCAAUGUGGUGGUAUUGUCAAUUGCCUUGGUUUCUCAAAAGAAGCUACCCAACUUGCUUAUAUGGCCAAUGGAGAUCUUCGCACCUAUUUGGAAACCAACCAGCCACCUCAACAACUCCAGCUCUCUUGGUUUCGUGAAAUGGCUCGCACGCUGGAGUAUAUCCACGAUCAACGUGUGCUUGUGGCAGACAUUGCCAGUCGAAACUUCCUUCUCGAUUCAGAUAUGACAAUCAAAUUCUGCGAUUUUUCAGAAGCAUCUCUUCUACCCUUGGAUGUCGAUAUGGAUACUAUCGAUGAUAACGGAUACACGACUCGAAUAGACCUCGGCUUUCUUGGGGCAGUUAUCUAUGAAGUUGUGACUGGCAAGAAAUGCGAAAUCGAUCUCUUCAAAAACAACCUUCCAACUGAUGGUCGAGCGACCUGGCCGCGGAGAGAGUUCCUUCCCAGCACUGAAAAUGUUUGGCUUGGCUCAAUCAUUGAAGACUGCUGGGUCGACGGAGGAUUUCGAAACGCUCGUAGCCUGCUACAAGCACUGGAUUCAAUCGCCUUACAUUCGCCAGCCCCCGAGUCUCUAAAUGAAAAACCUACGUUAACGAAAGGUUUUUGUUUCAUUCAAAAGUUAGUUGAUGAGCGGCCAAUAGUGACGCUGGCAGUCAUCCUCGGCUCCUUGGGCACGCUCGCCCUGUAUAUUAACAGAAAACAGCUGUGA